AUGAUAACGUUGUUGAUCCCUGACUGCCGAAUUCGGACAUUCAGGAGAUGGGUUAGCUUCUUGGCUAAUGUGUUCGAGUUGUAUGAGCUCCUGCUGCAUUGGAUAGUCUUCCAAUCUCCGAGCAACCUUUUGAAGAAGCCAUGGAAGAUGGUGCAUCGUGUGAUUGGUCUUAUUUGGCGAACAGGCUUGUCUUUCCUGACUGAAAAACCUUCAUAUGUUAAGUUUAACCGAGCUGUCCCCACACCUCUAAUGCUGCCAGCAUCCCACGGUCGUAAUAACCUCAGUGCCGAUAGCCCUUGUGUCGACCGCAACCACAAGCACAAGACAUUUCGAUACCCCACACGAGCCCAAAUAAUCUCUGGUGUGGAGCCCUGGUUGAGAAUGAAGCUAGAUAACACUCGAAGCAGGAAUGACAAGACAGAUGGAACCUCCGAGGAACCAUGUCCUUACGUGAUGGCAAGCACGGAUCUUUUAAGUCUUGGAAUGAGUCAUUUCCUGGACUCAGAAUACUGGCCCAUGAUUGACGAUGGAUUUCGGCCGUCGUCGGACAUUGAUCGGCGUGAAAUGUAUAGAAUGAUAGGAACCAAAGAGCAGAACCACGGGUCAUGA